AUGAGGGCAGAGAAGACCAGGCAUAUAAACUUUAAAAUAAGUGAAGUUAUGAAACAGACAGUAAUCAUUAUCUUAAUCCUCAACCAGAACCAACUUGAAGUUAAACUAAUGGAGAGUAGCCCGAGUCACUUUCCAGUGAACUUCCCUGGUUUAGGGUUCAAAGUAUUGGGUUCAGGUGGUGGCGUUGGUGGUGGUGGUGACGAUAGUGAUGGCAACAGUGGUGGUGGUGAUAGUGGCGUUUGUGGCGGCGGUGGCGGUGGUGGAGGAGACGGUUUUGGUGGCGGUGGUGGUGGUGGAGCAGAAGGUAGUGGUGGUGGAGGUGGAGGGGAUGGUGGUGGUAGCGGUGGUGGGGUUGGUGGAGGUGGUGGGGAUGGUGGUGGUAGUGGUAGCGGUGGUGGGUGGUGGUUGUUCCUUUGGUAA